AUCUUCAUUCUCAGCCUCACUCAUGACCAACCGAUCGUCCAACCAACCAACUAACCAACCAGCCGACCGACCGACCGACCGCCUUGGCCUACCGCCAAGAAAAAGGUCACUACAAAUGGGGAUCUCGGAUUUGGUUUAGCUUCAGUUAACCUUUGAUAGUAGCUCACGGAGGAUGAAGACAGCCACAUCGGGAGGGCGAUGGGCCCACGAGCUCAAGACGCAUUUGGGACUGGUACUCGUGUGCAUGGUCGUCAUUCCUGGCACAUUGGCCAGUGCCAAAGAUAAUGGUAUCAACUGGAGGGAUCCCAGCCAAGUCCGGGCGAGCCUUGAGGACCCCCACCAUCGACAGGGCAAGUUUUUCGCUCUUCGUGGGAAACGAAGUCUGACCUUAGAGGCCAUAGAGUCCUUGAACAAUGAACGGGAAGGCCGAAGCGGCCCCGUGGAACACCUCCUCCGCGGCCGCAAGGAUUCAUUCAAUCACUUGAUGAGGGGCAAAAAGUCCGAGAUGGACCACCUUCUUCGAGGCCGGAGAUCCGAAAUGGACCACCUUCUCCGAGGCCGGAGAUCCGAAAUGGACCAUUUGCUCCGGGGCAAAAAGUCCGAAAUGGAUCAUCUGCUCCGAGGUCGCCGAUCAGAAAUGGACCACCUGCUUCGAGGUCGUCGAUCGGGAGUGGACCAUUUGCUCCGGGGAAAGAAAUCCGGCCAACUGAGCGAGGAGUACGAGCGACUGAUCCGAAGUGAGAUGCAACAUCUCUUGAGAGGGAAGAAAAGUUCGGAUUAUCUAGAUUAUGAGCCCGCGAUGGAAAUGGAAUUACCUAUUAUCUCGGUCGAGUACGUUAACAAAUGAGAUUCCAGAUGAAUCAUGAUUCGGUUUUCAGUUCUAGUAUGGCAAUGUUUGAUCUUUGUGCGGUAUGUAUUACUCCACCUCGUCGUUCUUCUAGCGUUCCAAACUCGUUUCAGAAGCAAUAAAAUCAGAUGCAGAUUUGAAGUUAAGCUACUAUUCACAUCGGUUUUGAAGUGUCUCCUCCCUGAAUAAAAUAGUGCCCGGUUGUUGAUGACAGGAGUCAUCAUUAUUAUUGUUCCGUUCUCUUGUUUCUUAUACAAUAAAACAUUACUCUUUUUACAGUA